GUUUCAUCUCUCUUCCACUUUUAUUUAUACAUCCUCUAAAAUAGACAUGUCCACAGAAAUACGCCUUUGUAGAGAAAUUUUGAAGGAAGACUUUGGCUCAAUAACAGCCGUAAGGAUUACUAGCACGAAACAGCUCAUCAGCUUUUGUUGAAAGGUCGAUUAACUCUUAAUGAUCUUGUUUUGCACACUAAACUAUCCAGAAACACCGUCAAAGAGUGUUUAAUCAGUUUAAUUCAACAUGGAAUUGUUCUUUUCGAAGAACCGAUAAACUUCAACAGAAGCCAUCUUGGUGGCAACGAUAAUACCAGCACUUACUAUGAAAUUGAUAAACAUAAAAUCCUCAUGCGACUGCGGAUUGGACGUAUACUUCGUGUUACUGAAGAGAAGUAUGGAAAAAUGGGUUCCGCUAUUUGUCAAUUACUAAUUUCGUACGGCAAACUCAGAUCAUCUCAGGUACAAGAAUUGUCAAGCAAGCAGCGCAAAGAUGGAACUGAAUAUAUGAGCAUAAUGACACAAAUGGCUUUGGACCAGUUUAUCAUUCCAAUAUCACCAGCUCACAGUCGAAUUGCAGAUGUCAACAGUAAUUCAGAGCGAACCCGUUACGGUCGCAAUGUGCCUAAAAUACUGGAAGGAAAAAAUAUGGAAGCAAAAGAGUCAACAUUUUUGGAAAUCAAAAGAAAGUCAUCAAGUGAAGAAAACGCUAGCAGCAUCGUAGCAUCCUUAGGCAUAAAGCGAAAAGCGGUAGAUAUCUUAAUUUCGGGACGGAGAAAAAUCUCAAAAGAUAAAGGUGUCUUCCAGUCAGUUUUUCACAAUGUGAAAGGGAAGGGAAAAUAUAACAGAAUUGAAAAUGUAGAGUAUGAACCUGAUCCGAAAGUAUUUUUUGCAAUCAAUUACGAGAAAUACAAUAUACUUUUUCGCAAUCAAAUAGUCGCGGAUUUGGCUGUCAGUCGUAUCAACCGAACAGCCGGUCUUGUUCUCAAGGCUAUUUUUAGAUAUGGAAGAGAGGAAAUGACCUCUUUACAAGAAGAACUGUCACCGGCGGCUUCACCAGCACAUAUUAUCGAUAUUUUGGAGCCUGAGGUGUUUCAACGAGGUGAUAUUGUAUUAUGGUCACAACCCCUUGAAACGAAGAAGUCGGACCUUGAGGUUGUGAAAGAAUACAUCAAGUUGUUGCUAACAGAUAAUGUGACUUUUCUCAAGGCAAGAGAAGAGCUUGGUCAUAAGCAUUAUUCCGUCAACCUUAAAGGGGCUGUAUACUUUAUAAAACGUUAUCUUGUAGAAACGUUCAUUACUGUCAAAUUUGGUGCUGUACCGUGUCGUCUUGCGCGUAUAUUGUUUGAAAAAUUGAAAUUGACCGACCAGCAAUUGCAAAAAUUGGCCAUAUUAUCAAUCCAUGAUGUUCGUAGAGAGUUGGGAAUUUUGUUAUCUCAUGGUCUCAUUGAAAUACAGGAAAUUCGUACAAGCAACACAGAGUCAUCACCAGCUCGAACAACGUUUUUAUAUUCUAUUUCUUUUGAGAGGUGCUGUCAAGUAUUAAUAGCUUCCAUUCAUCGGGCAAUUGUUAAUUUGCAGCAAUGUAAAGAAAUAGAAAUAACCAUGAGAAAGCAAGUAACUGAGGAACUUACAAUCAAGAAUGACCUUCUCUGGAAUAUAGAUAUACCCAGCGGGAUCCAAAACAAUGAAAUUGUCAGAAUGGAAGCGGUACUGGAGAAAAUAGAAGUAUCGAAGCGUAGAUUAGAUGAAAUGCUCAUGAUUCUGCAGGAUUUUGGGUUUUAGUUAAAUGAUUUCUUCUAGUCUUAGAAACAAUAUAUCUCUAUUUAUAUGCUUUCAUUGCAUUAUUACUAGCUGCUUUGCUUUACAUACAAUAAUCCAUGCAACGGAUAGCAUACAUUAAGCAGUUCUUUAAUGUAAAAUUACACGGCCUUAACAUUCGAGCUUUGCAGCUGCAAAUUACAAAUGGAAGGCUAUGAAAUUACCCUUAUUGUUCGCAUACCAACCUUCCAGAAGCUACUACUGUAUUAGCAAUACCUAUUAUGCUACGUGUAUCAGGAAGCUAACGUACUUUUCAGUCACCAUAAAACACUUCUUUUUUCUUUUAUCCAUUUUAAUUCAUCCCCUUGCCUCUAAAACCAGAUUGUAGCGAAUAAAAGUGAAUGAAUGCGAGAAAACCACAGAUGUAGCAUGUACGUAAUUACUAGUAAGCUAGAUGUUUUACAGAGCUCUAUACAACGAUAUAAUCAUACAACAUAAU